GUAACAAUAGCCACAUAUGCUUUUAAUAUAUACUUUUUAAAAAAGUUUAUCAACAAUAAAACAAAAUAGUAAAUUUCGAGAUUCGCACCGGCAGAGUUAUCUCGGGAGGCCUUGUUUAUUUCAUUUGGAUUGUAUCUUGUUUGUACUAUCAAAUCGAUAGGAUCAAAGCAUAAUUGGAGAGUACCUUCAGAACGGCUUGGGCAGGGAAAAUGGGAGCUGAGCCUGUUAAUGUCAGUGAAUUCCAACGAUUGGCGAGGGAGGCACUCCCAAAAAUGUAUUAUGAUUUCUACGCUGGUGGAGCUGAGGACGAGUUCUCACUAAAGGAAAACGUGGAAGCGUUUCGUAGAAUAACCUUAAGACCUAGAGUUCUUGUGGAUGUAAGCAGAAUAGAUAUGUCUACCACUGUGCUAGGCUACAGUAUUUCCUCUCCAAUAAUGAUUGCUCCAACUGCUAUGCAUAAGUUGGCUCAUCCAGAAGGAGAGGUCGCCACAGCUAAAGCUGCAGCUGCAUGUAACACCAUAAUGGUUCUGUCUUUCAUGUCCACCAGCACAGUGGAGGAGGUUGCUUCUAGCUGCAAUGCUGUUAGGUUCUUCCAAUUAUAUGUUUACAAGAGGCGAAAUGUGACAGCUGUAUUGGUGCAAAGAGCAGAAAGAAAUGGAUAUAAGGCCCUUGUCCUAACUGUUGAUGUUCCAAGACUAGGUCGAAGAGAGGCAGACAUAAGGAACAAAAUGGUUUCACCUCAGUUGAAGAAUUUUGAUGGCCUUGUUUCAAUUGACGUCGAGUCAGAUAACGGUUCAGGCUUGGAAUUUUAUGCAAGUCAUACAUUGGAUGCAUCCUUUUGCUGGGAGGAUAUAGCAUGGUUGAAAUCCAUUACAAAGUUGCCAAUUCUUGUCAAGGGUAUACUUACGGGUGAAGAUGCAAUUAAGGCAGUGGAAGUAGGUGUUGCUGGUAUAGUUGUUUCAAAUCAUGGAGCUCGCCAGCUUGAUUAUUCUCCAGCUACCAUUUCUGUCCUAGAAGAGGUGGUUCACGCUACUAGAGGAAAAGUCCCUGUUUUAUUUGAUGGUGGAGUACGGCGAGGAACAGAUGUGUAUAAGGCGUUAGCACUUGGUGCAAAAGCUGUACUUGUUGGAAGGCCUGUAAUAUACGGGCUAGCUGCAAAAGGGGAAACUGGGGUGAGACAAGUCAUAGAAAUGCUGAAGAAUGAGCUUGAACUCGCUAUGGCUCUAUCUGGGUGUCCAAGUGUGAAGGAUAUUACUAGGUCCCAUGUGAGAACAGAGAUAGAGAGGCUUCCCUCCAUGCUUUAGGAGUAUUGGAAUGUUCAUAUCACAUACUUUGAUCAUCAAAUACUGCUUUGCGUUGGGCCUUGAUAAUUUAUUCUGAUGGCAGCCCAUCCAUAAUCCUUAAGAAGUCCAAGUUGGGGUCUUUCUUUCCUUCUUCUAGUUGUGAACGAGUUUCUCUUACUUUCAUGACCAAAAAUUGUUGUCUGCCACAUCCACUGUAAGUCUGUAACACAACAAAUAAUUGAUAAAAACAUAAAUCAAAAUCAGAUGUAUGGAUUAUCUUAGAAACAAGUCAACGACAUCUGUGUUUCAGGACAAGUUGCGUUUCGUUGGGGGAAGUAUAAAAUACUGUUAAAGUUGGUAGGAAAUUAUCAUGAAGGAAUGUCAUUUUGUGGAUAUUAUU